UUCGCAAAGAUGUUUAGUUGUUUUAUAAGCAAGACUACAUUAUACAAAAAACAGGUUUUGACUGAGCUAUUGUGGUACGAACGUGUGUGUGUGCGCGUGUGUGUGAGCGUGAGUGCGCGCGCGCGUGUGUUGGCCGUCAUGCCACAGCCAGAGUGAAAGCUAAAGCCUCUGUCGUUCGUUAUGACGGGCAAAUAUCGAUGAAAGGAUUAUUAUACAGGAAAUCCAACGGAUAGCUGCACUUUAGAGUUGUGUAAAUAUGCCUCAUCGGUCACAGUGUUCAUCUGCUGGGGACAACCCCCACGACCCCAACUACCUGCCCCCUCAUUACCGCGAGGAGUACCGGAUAGCUAUUGAUGCCCUGGUUGAUGCCGACCUUGAAGGCUACUAUGGAUUUUUACAGGAAGCAAAUAUGGUCGGUUUCUUAUCGCAAACAGAGAUUGAGUAUAUCAAAUGCACGGUGCGGACGCCGCAUCCGACAGUUCAGCCAGACAGGAGAUACAUGGCCGAAGAUGCAGACGGCUCUUCGGACACUUACUGGCCGGUUCAUUCGGACCAUGACGCUCCAAGCCUGGACUUGGGCUGGCCACAGCAUUCUAGAUUUGCUGGACCAACAGAGGUCACUACGCUGGUCAAUCCAUCUGAUCCUGAGAUGCCCAGUAUUAAGGAGCAAGUGCGCAGAAUGAUUAAGAGUGCACAAGAAGUUGUUGCUGUGGUGAUGGACAUGUUUACAGAUGUUGAUAUCUUCUUUGAUAUUCUUACUGCAGCGAUGCGUGGUGUGGCUGUUUACAUUCUUCUUGAUGAACUGAAUGCACACCAUUUUGUUUCAAUGGUGAACAACUGUAGGGUGAAUCUGGAUGAAAUAAAAUGCAUGAGAGUAAGAACUGUGUGUGGCAGUACUUAUUUCUGCCACACAGGCAAGUCUUUCAAAGGUCAGAUGAUGGAUCGCUUCAUACUGGUGGAUUGCAGGGCAGUUUUAACUGGAAACUAUAGCUUCAUGUGGUCUUUUGAGAAGAUACAUCGCUGCCUAGCGCAUCUGUUUCUUGGACAGCUUGUGACCACCUUUGAUGAAGAGUUUCGAAUUCUGUUUGCCCACUCGGAGCCGCUGGUCGUCGAAGAAAUUCUGGCAAAUAUGUCACAAUACAGCAAUCUAAAUGAAAGCCAUCUAAACAUGGCUAACGCCCACAUGUUGAAGAGAGAAUAUCCACCUAUUCAUCCUGAAUGGGUUGAUCAUUCUGCAGAAAAACAUAUAAAUGUAGGACACCAAAUAUUUCCCUUUAGAAACCCUGAACCAUAUGGAGCAGAGAAAAAUCCCUCCACUCAGAGGCACAUGAACAUGCAUGCAGUUCAACAAUUUCGAGGAGACCAACCAUUUAUAGAGCAUGGGAGACCAAUGAGAGGACCAUUUGAAAUGGCUGGAUUCAAAAGGCAUAGCUAUCCAGAUGUACCAGAUUAUGAAUACAUGCCCCCUCAAAACCAGCCACCAAUCCGAGGCAAACAGUUCAUGGAGGGAGUUGUUCCCAAGGGCAGCCACUUUCCAAGGGAACCAGGUCCUUACCAGGGAGCUGGAUUACAGCCUGAUUAUGACAUGUAUGGCAGAUUCAGAGACCAAGGCUACCCCAUGGAUCAGUUUUCAGGGGCUGGCUAUCCUCUUGAGGUAAACGAGGCAGAACCACCUGGAGCUUAUGACCAUGUCCAAAGAUUCUUGCGGUCUCAAUCUCCUAUGGAGGAAGGACCUGGUGCCGGAAAUUUAGUUCCACCUGCGCAGUCUAAUGUCAGAAGACAUAGCAUGGGUCAGUCUUAUGCUUGUCAGACUUCCCCCACGGCACCAAACCUACCAGACCAGAAACGUUUAGUCAAUACAAAUCGCAAACCACAGGAUGUGAGCCAGAAGCAGGGGCUGCGAGAUUGGAGGAUCAACUCAUACCUUAGUGCCUUUGAUGAUGGAGAAGAUCCUGAUCUUUCUGAACUUGAAGGAUCAGACCUUUGUGAUAACGUUCCAUGUUUUGUUCAGGAAGGGCCUGGUGGCCCCGUUGGUGCCAAAAUCAGAACUGGAAACACUGAGUUUAACAGGGUGCCUUCAUCUAGGAACAAUCCACCUUUUAUCCAGAUUCAAAACAGCUCCCCUCCGCCUUACAGUUUAGCUGACCAUCCACCAGAGUUAUCUGACAAUUUUAAAAUAACACCACCGACAACUUCAGAGUCAUCUUGUACCACUGAGGGGGACAAAGUGGAGGAGACACAGUAUAAAAAGCCGAGAGAGACCAAACGGUUUGGUGAGGAGUUUCUCAGGAGCAAACCCGUUCACAAUGUCCAGAGGAAUUCCAGACUAAGACACUCAUUGAUAUUCAGUUCAAAUUUGGAGUUGAACACUUCAGACGAUUCAAAAGAUAUCUUAGGAGAAAAAGAUGGAGAUGAGGCUUCAAAACUUUCAGCUCGUGUGUCACAAAUCUUGGAUAAAAGGAGGGGUAGCACAAGAGAGCCAUUUCAGUGGAGGAAUUUUAUAAAGUCAGCCACAGUUGAAGACCAAGCCAUGGAGUCUGCACACUCUGAGAAUUCACUAAACAAAAUUGGGGUCAGUAAUGUUGACAACUCCAAAGGCCUUUUGAAAGAGGAAAAACUGCCAGAAACGGUGCAAUCAGCAGUUUUAGAAGUACAAAGCGAUAAAGAUGAGUCAAAAAUAAUGCCAAGGUCAUCCUCAUUCGUAGAUAUGAAUGACCCAGACUCUAGAUUUAGAUAUUUCAAAGAGUUAGCAGCUAAACGCAAAGCUGAACUUGCAGCAGUCAAAACUUCUCAAAGCAACCCAGAGAAAGCCCCAAAGAUGUUGGAUGCACCUGACGAACCCUCAAUGAGCGAUGCAAAAGACAAGACCAUUGUCACAACACCAGAGAUUCAAAAUACUAAAUGUGAGAAAUCUGGUGCAGACAUUCCAGAAACAGUUCAAACAGCUAUUCAGGAUGAAAAAAGCAGAAGAAAUGCGUCAAAUGAAUGGCAAAGAUCAUUUUCAUUCUUAGAUAUGAAUGACCCAGACAGUAGAUUUAGUUAUUUCAAAGAAUUAGCAGCUAAACGCAAAGCUGAACUUGCAGAAGUCAAAACUUCUCAAAGCAAGCCAGAAGAAGCCCCAAAGAUGUCUGAUGCACCUGAGAAGCCCUCAAUGAGUGAUGCAGAAAAAAGGGCAGCUCUCACAAAGCCAGAGAUUCAAGACACCAAAUGUGAGGAAUCUGGUGCAGACAUUCCAGAAACCGUUCAAUCGGCCAUUCGGGAUGAAAGAAGCAGAAGAAAUGAGUCAAAUGAAUGGCAAAGAUCAUUUUCAUUCUUAGAUAUGAAUGACCCAGACUGUAGAUUUAGAUAUUUCAAAGAAUUAGCAGCUAAACGCAAAGCCGAACUUACAGCAGUCAAAACGACUCAAAGCAAGCCAGAGAAAGCCCCAAAGACGUUGGAUGCACCUGAAAAGCCCUCAAUGAGUGAUGCAGAAAAAAAGGCAGCUCUCACAACACCAGAGAUUCAAGACACCAAAUGUGAGGAAUCUAGUCCAGACAUUAUGCAUAGAGCCACAGAUGCUGAAAAAAUUAGAUUAAAGAAAAAACUUGCAGAAGAGUCUGCGUUAUCAAUAAAUUAUUUUCAAAAAGACCCGGUUAUGGAGAAAAACACAGAUUCUAAAAAGUCUUUGCAUCCUAUUACAAAAAAUGUUGAGUCCCUCUCUGAACCUGCUCCAUUUAAAGCCAGUUUCUCACAAAAACAAGUAGGUCCUAUUGAAUUAAAAACGGCUUCAACAGAAACUAAGCACACCCAAAAUCACAUUCCAAAAGAAAUAAGCCCCUCACAUGUUGAUUUAACAGAUAGUUGUUCCCCUGGAAAACUUUCACAGACAAAGUGCUUGUCACCACUAACAUCAGCAAAGGAGGCAGAGUGUUUCCAGCAGCCAACUGUAACAGAGGAAGAUUCCUUACAAGGGCCUGCAACAUCAGGGGUUCAUUCUUCCAAAAUCCCCACUGCAACAGAGAAAGCACAAAAACACACUGCAACAGAGGCAGAGUCUUUUCAACAGCCAACUGCAGGGGGGGCACAGUCUUGCCAACAGCCCACCGAAGAAGAAAGUGCAUCUUUACAAUGUAUUGCUGCAAUUGAUAAAGAUUCCUCUGAAAAGCCUUUUGUAAUAAAAGCAGAGUCAUCCCAACAACUCCCUGCAACAAAACCUGCUAAACCUGCUGAAUUGCACACUACAACAGAAGCAAAGACUUUCCAGGAGCCGGCUGCAGUAGAACACACUACUGUAACAGAGACAGACUUUGUACAGCAGCCCAAUACAACAGUAAGUGAAUCAUUGCAACACCCCUCUGCAACAAAGACUGACUCUUUUCACCAGCCUAGUGCAGCAGAAAGUAAACAUGCUAAGCAAUCCACUCAAACAGAGGCAGAGACUUCCCAACCCUCAAUUUUAACAAAGACAGACUCUACACAACAGCCCAAUGCAUUAGGGGUACAAUCUUCCAAAAUUCAACCUGCAAGUGAAAAAGAACAUGGCGAAAAACAUACGGCAACAGAGACAGAAUCUGUUCUACUGUCCACAAUAGCAGAAACAGACUCUUUACAACAGCCCAGUGCUGCAGUUAAUUUGCAACACCCCACUGCAACAGAGGCAGACUCUUCCCAACAGCCCAUUGCAUUGGGGGUGCAAUCUUCCAAAAUCCCCAAAGAUGCCCAAAAACCUGCUGCUGCUCAGCCACAAUCUGUCCAAACCCCAACCUUAACUGAAAAUGAUCAUGUUCAUAAACCUUCUGCAGCUGAGGCUAAAUCUGUCCAAAACCCACUUGCACCAGAAAAGGACACCCCGAAACCCACUGCAAUGGAGGCAGACUCUUCUCAACACCUCCCUUCAACAAACAUUAAACAAAAACCUCCUGCAACUGAGGCAAAAGAGUCAAACUCUUUGGCUGAAGAACUUGUUCUAAAAUCAGCCACAGAGAAGGGGAAUGAUUUCCAGCAACCAAUAGUGAAUGUUGCAGACUCUUCCCAAACAUCCACUUCAACAGUGGAUGCUUCAAAUGUUUCCCAACAGGCCACUCCAGGAGAAAGUCAAUCUUCUGAAUCCUCCACUGCAAAAGGGGAAGACAUCCAAGAAUCAAAUUCAUUGAGAGCGGACUCUUCUCAACAGCCCACAACAACAAAUACUGUACCUUCCCACCACCCCACUGACUCUUACAAACAGCCAACCGAAUCAAGAGAAGACUCUUCCCAAAGUCCUGAUGAAACAGGCACAGAUACUGUAAUUGUAACAGAAAAGGAAUCUUCCCAAAACCCCAACCCAGUGGUGUUAGACACUUCCAAACAUCCUACUGCAACAGAGAAGCCAACCUCUGUGUGUGUAUCUGCAUCUCCAUUCAAAGUCACUUCAUCUCCUCAGACUAUCUCUUUUACUGACACCACUCCAGCAGAUAGUCACACAUUGUUCAAGAAAGGCGUAGUGGGUAUGUCUACAACAGAGACUAAUUUGGAUCAAAAUAUACCAGCAGGGAGCACUCUUCAAAAUGGUGAAGUCAGCCCCCCUCAACAGAGUCCAAAAGACGGUGAAUCAUCUCCUAAGGUUGUCCAGUCCAUUACAACUUCAUCAGAACCAAACCCAUCAGAAGAAAGUAGCUCACCAAAAAUUGAGCAUAAGGACGAUAACUCUGGUCAGGACAUUACCAAACAAGGAUCCAUCCUAGCUACUGACUCAACAGGGCUUGACGCAACUCAGGGAUUCACGCAGUUACAAUCAAAUAUGUCUUCAAACCCUUUACCUGAAUCAAGUUUAAAUGACCCAAAACCUGAGGAUGAACACCAAAAGCAAAAUAACUCUUCAGCUAGACCUGAGGGUCUUGAGUUAGCUAAGGUUUCUACAGCACUGGACCCUGUCCAAAUUGAUAAAACCAAACUAGUAGGGGUGUCUGAACAAUCAGAAAGCAGUUUGACACCAAACAGUGCAGAAGAAGCAAUAAGUCAGACCAAUGUGACAGAAAAUCCCAAACUUUCCACACAUCAGUCAUCUACUGCCAGUGUUCUCUCGUGUAGCAACCUUAGAGAUGAUACUAAAGUUCUUUUAGAGCAAAUUUCAGCAAAGAACCAAAGCAGAUCAGCCCAGUCCAAACAGACUCCAGCCAAUGAAGAGAAAAAGGAAGGGGUUAGGUCUGUAGAGCAACAGCUUUCAACUUUUUCAGGAGGGCCCUGGUCUUCCAAAGCUUCGCCAGAAGAGCGGGAAAUGUUACUAAAAAAGAUGGAAAAAAUGCGAAAGGAAAGAAAAGUCUACAGCCGUUUUGAGGCCUCAUGUUAACGUGGGAUUAAACCUUAUGGACGAGUGGCUCGAACAAGAAGAGGGAAGCAAUUUUGCCUUGUUUUCCCUCGGUCUUACCUCAUAACUGUGAACUUGCACAAACUUGUGUUUUUUGAUGUGUUACUUUAACAAAUGUUGCUCCCUAAAUGCAAGACUUGACAUGAUGUCUGUCAAGAUUGUAGAUCUUGUGUCAUACCUGAACUCCUGAACAGAUCAUUGGUCUAAAUGAAUGACAGAAGACAAAAAACUAACCCUACCUGCUGGAUAAGAUUCAGAUAGGGUUUCCUAUGUAUAUAUCGUUUUAAAAUCAAGUACGUUUGUAAUUAUCUGGAUGCAGAUUCUAUCUAUAUUCUGAUAUGGAUAUUAUCAUGAUCUGACAAAGAUACGUUUGUUUGACAAACAAGAACAGGGAAGUAAUUAUAAGGCAGAACAAGACACGCUGCCUGUAACCACAAUAGACAUUGAGGGGGGAAAUGUCCUCCCAAAAUAACUCCGAUCUUAUUGAUCUAAAUAUCUGAAUGUUUUGGUUGCCCCAAUGUUCAAAAUGUGUUUAACAAGAAGUACAACUAAAUGUGAACUAUAAGUGAUGUGUCACUAUAAAAUAUUGGGUGGGAUUUUUGUGGAAUAAAUCUAUUUAUGUCUUAAAUUAGAGCCUUUUGUAUACAAAUCCAGAUAAUUCUCGAGACUUCACAAACAAUCUAAUAAAAAAAAACAAUAUUUUGUAUUUCCAAUUUACUGUGUAAAUACAUAGUAUGUUUUUUCUUUAUCACUGAUUUGACAAAAAUAUAAUGUUAAACAUUAUGGUGAAAUGUGCUUAUAUGUUUAAUAAACAUUAGCUGAUGUAAAAAUUGUAAUGUAAGAUUUAGUAUAGACGAAUGAAACACUAGUCUAGUUUAUCUGUAUCAGAAAUGGUCUUACUGCCAACUAUACUCAACAGAUUAAAAAUGUGCAAUAUUGUAAGUUUAGGAUGAGAUGUUUGAGUUUUUUUAAAAAUUGCAAAAUGUGCGCAUUGUUUAUGUGGGACAGCAUCUGUUUCUGACGAUUGUCCUUAACCAGAUUUGAAGAUUAAUGUUGUCUCAAAAAUCUGUUAAGGUUUAUUACACUGACAUGAAAAUAAAAUUGUAUUAAACAAACAGAAAUGUUAUUUAUUAAUAUCCUGAUAUCUGUGUGAGAAGUCAAAGCUUACACAACAUUUGUUUUUGUGCACAGUGAUAUCUCUCAACUUAUUCUCUGUUACAUUGUUUCAACCUGUAGUUGGGUCAAACAUUGGCAUUUUUAG